AUUGACUCCACCAGGACACCGUGAAAUAACUAGUCCACUGACGGCGCAAUAAUGGACGCGUGGACCGUUCAAUUUGGAAACCUCUCCAAAGUCAGCCCCUUCGAGGGUCCACAGUACCACCUGGCCCCUAAGUGGGCUUUCUACCUGCAGGCAGUUUUUAUGGGCUUCGUAUUUUGUGUGGGCACACCUCUGAACGCCAUUGUCCUUUUUGUUACAAUGAAGUACAAGAAACUCCGACAGCCUCUCAACUACAUUCUGGUAAACGUAUGUCUAGCAGGCUUCAUUUUUGACACUUUCUCCGUAAGCCAAGUAUUCCUGUCCGCUCUUAAAGGUUAUUUCUUCUUUGGACAUACGUUGUGUGCGAUGGAGUCGGCUAUGGGAUCAAUUGCGGGUCUUGUGACGGGAUGGUCUCUGGCCGUCUUAGCUUUUGAGAGAUACGUGGUUAUCUGCAAACCCUUCGGAAGCUUCAAGUUUGGACAAGGCCAAGCUGCCGGAGCCGUGGUGUUUACCUGGAUCAUAGGUGCUGGUUGUGCCACUCCUCCAUUCUGGGGAUGGAGCAGAUACAUUCCAGAGGGUCUCGGCACCUCUUGCGGACCUGACUGGUACACAAAAAGCGAGGAGUACAAUUCAGAGAGUUACACUUACUUCCUCAUGGUCACCUGCUUCAUCAUGCCAAUGACCAUCAUCAUCUUUUCCUACUCACAGCUCCUGGGAGCCCUACGUGCUGUUGCAGCACAGCAGGCUGAGUCAGCCUCCACCCAAAAGGCAGAGAAGGAAGUGUCCAGGAUGGUUAUCGUGAUGGUCGGCUCUUAUAUAGUUUGCUAUGGCCCUUAUGCCAUCACUGCCAUGUGGUUUGCCUACGCUGAUGAUUCAAACAAGGAUUACCGUCUGGUGGCCAUCCCUGCUUUGUUCUCAAAGAGCUCCUGUGUGUACAACCCCAUGAUCUAUGCCUUCAUGAACAAACAGUUCAACGCCUGCAUCAUGGAGACUGUAUUUGGCAAGAAGAUUGAUGAGGGCUCAGAGGUUUCCAGCAAGACUGAAACCUCCUCCGUGUCCGCAUAAAUUAUUCCACACCCCAUUUACCACAUGUCCGGACCUGUUUUCCUUGUAUCCUCCCCCUGAUUGUUCAAAUCCUGCACCUUUAUAUCUUGUCAAGGGCGGAAGGACUCCCUUUGUUCUGAAGACACCAUUCGCUGGAUGCCCAAACUGGAGGGUGAUAUCCUACCAUCCUUUCUGUGCAGAACUGGUACACCUUCAAAUAAGUCUAUUUUAUUUUUUUUGUAAUGAAAAACAUUCAUAUUUCAUGUUAAAACAAUGCAUUAUGCAUUGACAAUGAAGUAGAAUAUUUAAUUUUCAACUUGCAAAAGAAAAUCUAAAAAAAAAAAAAUAAUAAUAAAAAAAAAAACUAAAAAAGAAACACCUCUGGUGUGAAUGGACUUGUGCAAACUGAAAAUGGAAAUUCCUAAUUUUCAAUAGCAGCUUUUAUAUUCUGUCAGAACGAGAUAUUCAGUAAACUAAGUAACCUAAAAGCCCAUACCAAUCAAAAGUGCUUAUUUCGACAAAAGAGCACAGCGUAACUAAGCGGUUUACCCGCGUCUUCGUUAAAGAACGUACUAAAGAUCAGCUUUCUGGCUGGAUUAGCCAAGAUAUACAAGAUCACAAGGGAAUUAUCCAAGUCCAUCCAUUUGUUUGCAGCCAAGGAACUGUUCACUUGAAGUUUGCUGCUAACAAAUCAUGAGCGACAGCUUUUGUCCAAUCACUGGCUUCAUGACGUUGGAUCUCUAAUAUCUGUAUCUACAUUACUUCUCUACGUUUUGUUGUAAUUAGACAAAGUGUGCAUGAAUUUGUUCAUGUGCUCGGAUUUUAGAAUUAAUAAAAAUUUAUAUUGUUUGAUGCA